GUGGGAUGCGGCCGGUUCUGCCAUGUGGCUUCAUGGAGGGUUGGGUAGCGAUCUUCAGGAUGACCUUUGGAAGUUUUCGUUCCGAAGCUCGUCAAGUUCUUGGGCUCAAAUCCAGCCCAUUGAGAACAGACCUUCAGCGAGAGCUCAUCAUGCAGCUGCGUGGGACGAGACCAAUUCGGCCAUUUGGGUUCAUGGUGGAUAUGACAGUCAUGGUUUGAGCAAUGAGUUGUGGGCCUUUGACAGCCAGACCUCCAACUGGAGCUUGGUCUCACAAGCUGGUCCAGGACUGCGAGCGUAUCACGUGGCAGCCUGGGACUCCAGCAAUCAAGCAAUUUGGCUUCAUGGUGGCUUAGGUGGAUCCACUGGGGUGGCGCAACGGGAACUUUGGAGGUUCAACAUCCUGAGCCACAGUUGGGACUUAAUCGCAAACCAAGUUCAAGACGGGCCUGUCGCUCGCUAUUACCAUGCUGCUGCUUGGGAUGUCACCAGUGCGUCACUUUGGAUUCACGGUGGCUUUUCGGGCUAUUCCGCGGGCAAUUGUUUGCACGAUACAUGGAGAUUCCUGGUCACAACUACCUCUACAACCAGGACAGCCUCCACCAGCAGCACUAGCUCUGCAACAACCUUGACCACAAGCUCUAGCUCAGCCACCACUACUAGCAUCACCUCUACUCGCAGCACAUCAUCCAGCAUUACGUAUUCCACAACCACGGCCACAACUACCAGUAGCACUUUGACAAGCAGCAUUUCGUCCAGCACAACUCUGUCCACAACUACUACAUCCAGCAUAAGCACCAGCUCCAGCACUGCCUCAACUACCAGCAGCACUUUGACAAGCAGCACUUCGUCCAGCACAACUCUGUCCGCAACUACUACAUCCAGCUCAAGCACCAGCUCCAGCACCGCCUCAACUACCAGCAGCACUUCGACAAGCAGCAUUUCCACUUCGUCCAGCACAACCCUGUCCACAACUACAACAUCCAGCUCAGGUACCAGCUCAAAUACCGCCACAAGCAGCGGGACUGCCUCUACCAGCAGCACCACGUCCAGCACCAGCUUUUCCACAACCACAACAUUUAGUUCAACAUCGAGCUCGGUGACUCGUUCUGCCUCGACAAGCAGUUCCUCCACCAGGACAAGAACCACCUCCAUGUCUUCGACCCAAACCUUUACUACAUCAACCAGUAGCACAGCAACCACUACAACAACUUGCAUGGUGCAAAAUUUGUCGGGCAUAAUCUGCAUAUUGGUUGGAGUUGCAAUCGUUGCUUUUGCUGCGCUUGUUUUGGCGUGUUGGAUGCGCAGGCGUCGAAGGAAAGUUGUUGCAUGUCCAGCCAUCAAUACAGAACCGCUUGUGCCAGCUCCCUUUCCCUCUGAUCCAUGUGUGCCACAUCCUUCCAAUGCCCAUCCAGAGCUUUCAUCAACGCCAGACUUGUAUCCACAAGACCUAGAAGUUCUCCAAGAUGAACAUGAUGAACCGGCACUUACACUUCAGUUUGACCCAUUUCAGCCUGAGUGCUUAGACUUUCCGCACGUCCAACCAAUGCAAAUGCCACUGCCCGCCCAUGAUUCGGUACGAUUUCCAUAUGUCCCAAGCC